ACGCAAGCCCGCGUGUCGCGUACGCGAUGACGUGACGUCAGCGCGCGUUUGCGACGGGGCGGGGGUGGUGGGGGAUAGACGCCACAGAGUGACAUGACGUAACAUCGCGCCCCGCUGCAAUGGAUGUUGCCGAGCUGCUGAAGUUCCAGCCCGACAAAGGGCCGAAGCGCGUGCUCGACGAGGAGGAUGACAGCGAGGAGGAGCUGCCGCACCCCCCGCGCAAGCAAGGGCCCGGCAGGGGCCGUGCGGAGCCCCCCGCCGACCAGCAGCAGCAGCAGGUGGAAAUGAUGAGCAAGGAUGACGAGACCCAGUCGUUGGAUGAUAACGGCGUGAAGAGGAUGGUAUUGAACUUUGAGAAGACGACACUGAAGAAUCAGGAGCUCAGAAUAAAAUUCCCCGACAACCCAGAGAAGUUCAUGGAGUCCGAGUUGGACCUGAACGACGUCAUCCAGGAGAUGCACGUGAUCGCCACGAUGCCAGAGCUCUACCCUCUGCUCGUCGACCUCAACUCGGUGACGUCGCUCCUGGGCCUUCUCAGCCACGACAACACCGAUAUCGCCAUCGAGGUGGUCGACCUCCUGCAGGAGCUCACGGACGUGGACACGCUGCACGAGAGCCAGGAGGGCGCGCGGACGCUGACCGAUGCGCUCCUCAACGAGCAGGUGGUGGCGCUGCUGGUGCAGAACCUGGAGCGACUCGACGAGGCGACCAAGGAGGAGGCAGUCGGCGUUCACAACACGCUCGCGAUCAUCGAGAACCUGACAGAGUUCCGGCCAGAGAUGAGCACGGAGGCCGCGCGGCAGGGCCUCAUGCAGUGGCUGCUCAAGCGGAUCAGGGCCAAGAUGCCCUUUGACGCGAACAAGCUGUACUGCAGCGAAAUCCUCUCCAUCCUCUUGCAGAACAAUGACGCUAACAGAGAACUCUUGGGAGAGAUGGAAGGGAUCGACGUGCUUCUACAGCAGCUCUCGGUGUUCAAGCGUCACGACCCGGCGAGUGGGGAGGAGGGGGAGAUGAUGGAGAACCUCUUUGACUGCCUCUGCUCGUGCCUGAUGCUGGCGUCGAACCGCGAGCGCUUCCUGCGCGGGGAGGGCCUGCAGCUCAUGAACCUCAUGCUGCGGGAGAAGAAGCGCUCCCGCAACAGCGCCCUCAAGGUGCUGGACCACGCCAUGGUAGGGCCGGACGGCGCUGACAACUGCCACAAGUUUGUGGACAUCCUCGGCCUGCGCAGCAUCUUCCCCCUCUUCAUGAAGACGCCCGGCAGGGCCAAGAAGGCCGGCAUGUCCGAGAAGGAGCACGAGGAGCACGUGUGUUCCAUCAUCUCCUCCAUGCUGAGGAACCUCAAGGGGCAGCAGCGCACACGGCUCAUCAACAAGUUCGUGGAGACCGACUGUGAGAAGGUGGACCGGCUGAUGGAGCUGCACUUCAAGUACCUGGAGACAGUUUCCGCUGCCGACAAGAAGAUCGAAGGAGAGAAGCACGAGAUGGUGCGGAGGGGUGAGAUUAUCGACGACGAGGCGCAGGACGACUUCUACCUGCGCCGGCUAGACGCUGGGCUUUUCGUGCUGCAGCUGGUGGACUACGUCAUGCUGGAGAUCUCCACGUCCGGCGUGGCGCAGAUCCGACAGCGAGUCAACCAGAUCUUGAACCUGCGCGGUGGCUCGAUGAAGGUGGUGCGUCACAUCAUCCGAGAGUACACAGAGAGCCUGGGUGAUGCCAAGAGCGAAGACUUCCGGCAGGCCGAGCAGAAGAGGAUCAUGGACCUGCUGGAUGAAUUCUGAAGUCGCCAAACCUACCGCCGCCCCCUUCACCGUCAUCACCGCACGCCGUGUCGAUAGUUAGCGCAGCACCCGCUGUGUCUAUACACCAUGAAUCAUUGGAGAUGUUUUAGGACAAUCGUUGCCCCAAAACAUCAUCAACAGAUUCGGCAACUGCAUGGCGACUUGCAAUGGUGUAGAAGUGGCGGUGGAGAGUUCUCUAGCCAAUGAAAACACACACACGUUAAAAAGAGCAAGUGAUUGGUCUAUGCAAAACACAACCUUGGCUAGUCCACGUGGCCCACGUAAUAUUGCGAGUCUCUAUCCCAGUUACACACCAUAUUUCAGCAACAACUACAAUAAAAAUAGGGUGCAUUAAUGUUAAGCAUUUGAUGACCAAUGGCUCCACCUUUGGCAGGGUCAUAAUCGUUCACUGGGCACCCAGGUAUGUGCCAGGUUAAGCCUAUCCUCAGGGUUUCAUUUCUCACGCAAAUAUUUUCUGGGUGGCUGGUAGACUGGAGUAGAUAGCAAGUGACUACUAUUAGUAUCCACAGCCUUUGCAGUGGAUACUACUAGACCAGGACAGACCCAGCUGACACUAAGCCCUGCCUGUCCUAGAGUCAAUCCACUACUGAAGGAGAGUCUGCCCACACCCUUACCACACCCUGCCCACACCGAGUGGGCCGUGCGGGUUAUUUGACCAUACUUUCACCGCACUGGUCUGUGCAGGUCUGUGCAGGUCUGUGGUGGUAUGUUCAUACCCGUGGUAGGUUCAUAUACGUGGGGGGCAUAGAAAGUACAGUCGAACGAUGAAUUUUGCUCCAACUUUCCUGUUAACCACCUUGUAGCCCCGCAGCAUCCUAUAACAAACCUGACUUGCAUGGUGGUCACCCGUCAAAAGCAUUGUCCAGGCUGAAAUCAGCUUAGCUGCCGAGAUCGGACACAUUCCUGGUAAUUUGGUCAUCGGCAGUUCAUACUUACCCCACUCUUAUUUUUUUCUACAUUUUUGAUGUAUUUAAAACAGUCCGGAUACAGUUGCAUCUGCUACAGUUAUGAAAGAGUUACCACAACGAUGAGAGGCCGUUUAGAAAGAAAAUCCGUUUUGUAAAUGUCAUUAAAUGUGAAUAAUAAACUUUGUUCUAGUAAAAUG